UUAUAAAUUAUAACGGCAUAAACGACCUUUCCAGGAAGAUGAAAGCUUCCAUGUUCGUGUGUUUAAUAUCUUGUAAAGAGAAAAUAUCUUCGCCCCUCGAAGUCCCUACAAGUAUAGUGCAGUUUUUAGCCAUUCUCCGUUCUCUCUGAGCUGCUGCUUCUUCAGGUAUAGUUACAGCAUCACCACAGCUUCUGUUCGAGUAAAGCUGCAUUCGAAGUCACAGUUUCCAAUCAAAAUCCUUUCGGGUUUUUCAACUAAUUUACUAUCCCUUGACAAUACAAUUGAUUUUGAUUUGAGAAACAAUCUUCAGACAUCUAAUUCUCUGUUAUUCUCUUUCUUCUGGUUUUGGCAUAGUUUUUGAAUUCAGAAUUUCAUUCAGGAUCAAGAAUUUUUAUGGGUUUCUUAUGUACUGUACUGUGAUUAGACUACAAUCGAAUCAGGAUUUCCUGUUGAAUUUUCAAGCAAUGGACCCAUUUUAUCAAGUGAAGGAAGAGUACCCAGGAUCAAGCUCCUCGCAGUCCGGCGAUGAUCCGGUGAUGGCACCUCUACCUCAGCCAAUGGAAGGCUUACAUGACACAGGUCCACCGCCAUUUCUGACAAAAACGUACGACAUGGUCGAUGACCCAAGUAUCAAUCACAUAGUCUCUUGGAGCAGAGAAGGUCGCAGCUUUGUUGUAUGGGAUCCUCACUCCUUCUCUACUCAUCUUCUUCCCAGAUUCUUUAAGCACAACAACUUCUCAAGCUUUGUAAGGCAACUCAACACAUAUGGAUUUAGAAAGAUUGAUCCUGAUAAAUGGGAAUUUGCCAAUGAAGGGUUUUUGAGAAGCCAAAGGCAUCUUCUGAGGAAUAUAAGGAGAAGGAAAACACCUUCUAAUAAUCCACUCUCUCCACAGCAAGUGCAGGGUCCUUGUCUUGAAGUUGGGCGUUUUGGAAUCGAUGGAGACGUGGAUCGAUUGAAGCGAGAAAAAAAGGUUUUAAUGGGGGAACUAGUGAAGCUCAGGCAGCAACAGCAGAGUACAAAGGCCUAUGUUCGAGCCAUGGAAGAUAGACUACAAAAGACGGAAGCGAAACAGCGGCAAAUGAUGGCUUUCUUGGCAAGAGCAGUGCAGAAUCCGGAUUUUCUUCAUCAAUUAGUCCAAAACAAAGAGAAGCAUAAGGAGCUUGAAGAAGCUAUGACUAAGAAGAGAAGGCGGCCAAUUGAUCAAGGACCCAGUAAUCAAAGGACAAACCCCAUUAAGCCUGAGCCUGUAGAGUUUGGAGAUUAUGGUUUUGAGGUGUCUGAAUUGGAAGCACUUGCAUUGGAAAUGCAAGGAUAUGGAAGGCCAAGAAGGGAUCAGGAGGAAGAAUAUGAAGAAGAGCCAGAGCCACCAGAGACUAGUGGAGAAUAUAGGGAACUUGAUGAGGGGUUUUGGGAGGAAUUGUUGAGUGGAGAAUUGGAUGAUAUUCCGGGACCUGAGGAUGGUGAAGAUGAAGAGGAUAUCAAUGUCUUGUCUGCGCGAUUAGGCGAUCUGAGUUCGAGUCCUAGAUAGAUGAAACAUGAUCUUCAUUCAAUGGAAAAUUGGGACAUUCAAUGAAGAAGAUCAAUGUCUUCCCUUGAUUUGGUGAUCGGGUUUCGAGUCCGAGAUUAGAUAAACACAACCUACUAAUUGUGUGUCUUCAAAGGCAAUUAGGCCAUGGAUAGGGAAAUCAUCUGUGUUUUGGUGUUUCUAACCCUGUACUUCAAUUUCCAUGCAUGUUCAGUAUUAUCCCACUGUGUAACAAAAUCUCUUUGUUUUUCUUCCA